GUUAAAGAUAAGAGAGCGGGCUAAGUAGACAAAAGUGUAAAUACACAACAGACGGUUGGUUACAAAAAUAUUAUUGCUAAGCGAAUCUCGACUUGAACUUUUGGCGCAAAAAUGGCAUCCGGCGGUUUGGCAUGUGUCAAGUACAUAACUUUCUUUUGCAAUCUGCUGUUUGCGCUAAGUGGAGUGCUCAUCUUGAUGGUGGGCGCCAUGGUGCAGCUGAACUAUGCGCACUACUCGAACUUUGUGAGUGAUCACAUUUGGACUGCGCCCAUUAUUCUGAUGGUUGUGGGUGCUGCUGUUGCAUUCAUUUGUUUCCUGGGCUGCUGCGGCGCCUUGAAGGAGAACAGCUGCAUGAUCUUGAGCUUUGCCAUUCUGGCGGUUAUUAUCUUUUUGCUGGAGAUCGGUCUGGGCAUUGCGGGCUACAUCAAGCAUUCGGGCUUGCAGGGUUUGAUGGAGACGCAGUUCAAUACGACCAUGAAGCAUUAUAAGGAGCGCGACGAUUAUCGCGAUGCCUGGACUCUGCUGCAAACCGAAUUGGACUGCUGCGGCACCUAUGGACCCAACGACUGGGAGACUGUAUUCCAGAACAAGACACUGCCACCAGCCUGCUGCAAGGUCAUCAAUCUAAGCGAGGCCAAGGAGUGCACCACCAUACAUGCCGUUCAACAGGGCUGCAUGCGCAAGCUGCUGGGCAUACUCGACUCCAAGACAUUGAUCCUGGCUGGCGUAGUGCUUGCUGUAGCUGGCAUACAGCUGCUCACUAUACUCUUCGCCUGCUGUUUGUAUCGUUCGUUUCGCCGGAGCUACGAUCAUGUUUAGGCUGCGCAGCGAGGAUCCUCUGUGUCGUCUGUAAAGUGAACACUUUUUUGUAGUUUAUUGUAGUAGCCGUAACUACGCGUUGCCGUCUUAAGAAAACCUUUUGUUUUUCAUAAGCCCUAAAUAUAUACUCAACACAAUCUCAACACAAUCACAAUUGAUUAGAUCUGAAACGAAAACAUUACCAACACACAAUUUGUUAUGACUAUAUGAAUACUUUUAAAACUUUGUUAGUGUUUAUUUACAUGUUCCAUAUGUAUAUACAUAUCUCAAUUUGCUGCAUUGUUUGCAAUUCUUUUAUAAUUUAAUUCCAAAAGCAUAUCAGAGACAUUCAUCAUCUAUGACAUUCGUAUGAAUGUUUGACUGAUGCUUUAACAUACAAUCGCUCAUCUGCUCAACCAAUUCAUCAUUUCAUCAAUUUACAAAGUGUCCUUGUAACGAGUUUUUGAUUAAUAUACCCUUUUUAUACUGAGGCUUUGAAUCCGAUAUAACCCACCAUUUGAUAAUUGCUUAAUUAUAUUAUGCUCCUUCAUUAGAAGCUACUUAUUUUAUUAUAUGUAUCGCAUAUUAAUAUUACCACAUUGUGUGAGACCAAUUUAUCUAUAUGUAUGUCACACAUUUAUCUAUAAUUUACACACACAUGCAAAUACUCAUACAAUUACAAUUACAAUGCAUAUAAAUAUGAAUUGAACUCGCAAACUGCGUGCACUCAAAAUAAUUUAAUCGAAUUUACAAGCAAUUUGAAUUAAAGCAGUGCAUUUUUAAAUUUGUAGCUUUAGUAAAUGCGAUUUUCUGGACGAUCACAAAAUAUAUAAACUAGACUUCAUAAAUAAAUAAACUCAAUACGUAUAGCAAACUUUUAUGUCACAUGUAUUUUGAAACGUGUAUUUUCAGAACUUAAUUGAAUAUGUUAGUGCAGCACUGAACAAUUUUAAUAAAGAAGCAAUUUUAA